AUGAAAAAAACGGACGAAGCGGAAAAUAGCCCCGAGAAGGGGAAAAGGGAGGAGGAGGAGGAGGAAGAAGAAGAAGAAGAGGGCAGCCACGAUGUUGGGGAAAACGGAAGAGCAGAAAAGGACAGUGCCAUCAUAAAUUAUGACCAACAUGAGGAGCACUUUAACAUGCCCCCAUGUGAUAGUGACCAACGCGAAGGCGGAAGUGAAUCUACGCGGAACGACCUCCAGUUAGAGGCACCCCUGGGCGAACCGCACCUUCACAGGUACCGCUCUGUAGAAGGAGUCGACGAAACGGACACACACAUGCACACACGUAAGGGGAACUCCAAUUAUAAAAAAGCGCAGGGGGGAACAAUAGAAGCACGCUCAAACGAACCCCUUCACGUGAUGGACAUGAACUGCGACGAUGUGCACUCGAUUGUAAAUUAUUUGAUAUCCGUGGAGAGGGAAGAGUUUAACGAGAAGUGCCGCGCCCAGGGUGGCAGCGAUGAUGGCAGGUAUGGUGAGGCCUGUGGUGGCAGGUAUGGUGACCCCUGUGAUGUCAGAUAUGGUGACGCCCUCGAUGGCAGAUACGAUGACGCCCGCGAUGGCAGAUACGAUGAUGCCACGGAUAGUGCCCAGGACGAGGGUGGAAGGGCUCAUUCCCCCGCGGGCACUCCAGCUGUCGCCGACACCCCCAGCGCGUCGUCCCAAAACGGCCAAACGGAUCACAUGGAUAAGUACGACAUAAAAUACAGGCACAUUUUGAACUCUAUGAUAGAUUACAUUUUUUCGCAUCCGAGUGAUCAUUUUUUGGAGUUGAACAAUAAGGAGGUGGAGGAGGAGGGUAACAGGAGUAGCGGUAGGGGUAGGGGUAGGAGAAGACGGGGAGGUAGUCUUUUAGGUAAGAGAGGACGCGGAAGUAGACUAUUGGGUAGGAGAAGCCCGAUCAAAUGGUACAACGACUGCUCACAUGGUGGUCCCUCCCACCCCGAUGACUCCUUCGCUAAACGCAUGAAGAGGACAGAACACACCACCACCAGUGACGAGGAACCCUCAAAAGGGUGUAAGCUAAGUUGGCAGAAAUGCAGCCAUAAUGACUGCACAUGUGUCCGUGAGGUGAGUCCCCCGAAGAGGAGAGAAGAUGUACCCUGCACAAACGACCACGAAGGGGAGAAGCCAACACGGAGAGGAAUGGGUGUACCAUACCACUUAGCGGAGGUGCCUUAUGGGGGGCCUCAAAUUGUGCAGAAAGGUCAGCCAAGUGGGAUGACUCUUCCUAGUGGGAUGACUCUUCCUAGUGGGACGCCUCUUCCUCCUAGUGGGACGCUUCUUCCCCCAAGUGACAUUACUGGAAGGCAUUUCAAAAGAGAAACCGUCAACAGUGAAGCGACCUCCGAUUAUGUGAACGCUUGGUGGAGGACCAAAGGUGGGUGGGGAUACAACGCCCAUUCGACUGACCACCCGAUGAUCGUCAAAGAUCAAACAGAGAAGGCAAAAUCGAGGGAGACACACAACAACCAAAUGGACAACACACAUAGAGUAGACACUAUAAGGACAAGGAUAGAGACACUUCAUAAAGGAAUAUUUUCCAGCCUUAAUAAGCUAAAGGGUAAUCACCGUGGAUGUACCGAAGGGGGAGACCUUCAAGAAGAAAACAGAAGGAGAAAGGGUGAAGAUAUCCCCACGUUGGAAAAUAAAUCGGAUAAAAAUUUUAUUUUUACUGAUUUCAACUUCGUGGGACACCUCCCCAUGUGCAAUGCUCCUACUGAUUGGCAAAGUGGAGAAACCCAUGUACAUGCUCCAUGCGAUAGGAAGAAAAGCGUAAUAAGAAGCAUGAACAGAAUUAUUCGUUCCCUUUUACCUGAAGGGAGAAAGACUAUCCUCUCAUGUGUGAGCACCGAUGAGGACAUGCAUGUUUGGAGCCAUGUCCGUUUCGCUGACUUCAAUUUUUUCCACGGAGAUGUCACCCAGGUGGGUCCGUCUUGUAUGGUACCUCCCCCAAGUGGAAAAACCUCCAACUAUUACUCCUCCCGUUUGUACACUGGCAAAAAAGAUAGCAGGUGCAAAAUGGACAAUCUUCACAGCGACAGGGUGGACCAAACGGAGAAAAUGCAGUUUUACUUCCACAUCAGGGAGUUCACAAGGCAGCAGUACAAAAUGAAUAUGCUUGUCGAGUAUCUCCAGGUGAAGCACCUUACUGAGUCGAAUCGACAUUUGGGAGGAGAUUGCUUUGGAGGGGGCAACUACAACAGUGCACACUUCACUCGUAGAGAGGUGCACAUAAAGCGGUUCGAACUGCUGCACCGAUAUUAUUUACAAUUUUUAAGUAGGUUCUACUUGGAGGGUGACACUUCUACGGAGGAAGCAACCUUGAUCCGGUUGAAGAGACAUAUGUACGGUUUGGACAGAUGCUCCAUCGACUGUGUGGGUCAGCGGCAGGGGUGGGGCCUUCCCCCGUUGGAAGUGUCACAAGUGGAGACCACAGAGGAAGCGGCUUCACGAGAGAAGUCGUCACAUAUGAGACCUUCACGACAUGAUAUCCGUGCUGAUCUUUCGAGGGAGAUGGAGAGUAGCCUCCCGGGGUGCCCGCGCUCCCACGUCGGCGCUAACGCUGAUCAGGAGGUCAGUCAGGAGGUCAGUCAGAAGGUCAAUCAGGAGGCCAAUCCGGAGACCAAUCAGAAGGCCAAUUGGGAGGCCAACCCGGAGACCAAUCGGAAGGUCGCUCCUCACCCCAGAGCCAGUGCCACCGCCAACACCCCGAUGAGUGCGAACGAAAUUUCGGAAGCUCACGAGCUGAGGAUCCUUUACAGGUUCGCAAAAAGGAUAAGAAGUUUUUUACGAAGGAGCAGAGUGGACAAUCCGGAGAAGCUGCCCCUUAGGAAGAUAAGGAAAAUUGUAAAAUCCUUAUGCGCAGUGUGUGCCAUUAGGUAUGGGUCGUUCCUCUCGCAUGAGCUGUUCAGGUUUGUUUUUAAAUCGGCGGGGCGUAGGAAGCGUGUGAAGAGGGAAAUGCGGGAAGUGCGGCUAGAUCGAACGGAGCUGCCCCACCAAGCGACCCUUCCACACCCCACCACGCAAAGGAGGCCAGUAAAAAUAAUCCUCAAGAGGAACAUAAAAUCCUGUAGAGAUCCCCAACUGGAGAAGCACUUCAAGCUGGAUGACAGUCCUGAGAGGAGUGACACAAAUGAGGGGAUGAUCAAACACAGGGUAGAGGAACAGGUGAUUUAUGAGAGGCGCAAUUUAUUUUUUAAAGGGGACGAUCGGAAGAAGAGGCAACUCUUGGACAUGCACUUCGACGAGGUUUUUUCCCGAGUCUUCUUCAGCAAAGUUUUGCCGACAUGUGUAGACGAGAUCUGCGUUAAGAAGGUCUCCACCGGGUCCCCCCAAAGAGGGGGCAACAGCGACGGAAGGGGGGGAAGCGGUAGUAUCCGUAGCCGUAACAGUAGUACUAGUAGUACUAGUAGUAGUAGUAGCAACGGCCGCGGCGGUGGUGACCGUCGCAGCGGCCAGGGAAGAUACUUCACCGGAGAGACCAACACCGAGAAACGCAAAAACUUAAGGGAACGCGCCGCCAUAUGGAAAGACACCACCAUAUGGAAAGGCGCCACCAGUAAGGCCCACAAGCUGAAGAGGGACCAAGUUGUGACUCUCUUUCAAAUUUUGUACCUGCAUUUUUAUAAAUGCUUUUCCAGGCUGAACGUGUGUUCCUUGCUGGGGACGUAUUGCAGUGGUCAUUCUGUGAGUGACGAGAGGGGGGGUGGAAGUGAUGAAAGCACCUCACAAGAGGUGGAUCCCCCUCGCGAAGUGGACAAAGUGGGCGAAGUGGAGGAAGCGCAGAACGCAUAUUACUACCACACCUUUUUGAGCAGAUUCCCCCCCCUGAGGGAGAAAAAAAUUGUGGCGUGCGCGCCCCAAGACUUCUUCAAAUCUCUUAACAAAAAUUUCAUCCGAACAGUCAUUUAUCAUGUGAAUAAAACGCUGGGCGAUUUUUCCUUUCUUGAAAAAUUGUUCGACGAAUAUGAGCAUGUGGAAGGGCUGUGUGCAAAUAAAAUCGCGAAAGCGUUUUGGGAUUGCAGUGAUGAUGAGGUGACCUAUCGUGAGGAGGAUAGAUAUUAUAACGUCAUUAAGGACCACUUCGUGCAAGUCAUUGUCCCCUUUUGCGAGAAAAACAGCGGUUAG